AUGCCUGGUUCGCAUAAUGAUAUCAACGUGCUGCAACGGUCACCUGUGUUUGAUGAUUUGGCUAACGGAAGAGCUCCUGAAGUGGAGUUCGAUGUCAACGGCAACACUUACAGUUUAGGAUACUAUCUAGCAGAUGGAAUAUAUCCAGAUUGGGCUACCUUGGUUAAGUCUUUUGGUGCUCCAGUAAACAACAAACACAUGACCUUUUCAGAAAGACAGGAAUCCUGCAGGAAAGAUGUUGAGCGCGCCUUUGGUGUCCUCCAAGCAAGAUGGAAGAUAAUUCGUUAUGCUGCAAGGUUGUGGAGUCAACUUGAUCUAAAUGCUAUCAUGAAGGCUUGCAUAAUUUUGCACAACAUGAUUCUUGCUGAUGAAAGAAACUCAAACUUGCCUCACAUUGCCAAUGAGGACUGGCCUGGACCAAGAGAUCCACCAGUUAACAAUGUAGCCGAGAUGAUGGAUGCUUACACAUACAUUAAAAACAAAGAUACUUGUUUCCAGCUUCGAGAUGACCUUGUGGAGCACAUCUGGCAGAUGAAGGGAACGGCCGGAUGGGAUGACUGA